GAUGUUUCCUUCUCUUUGAUCUCUUCUGUCUUUUUCUGUAGGAGACCGUGGAGUUAUCCAUACAAGGGAAAACGUCCCCCUCGGUUCUGUCCCAAAAGAUCCCAAGAUGGCAGCCAAUGGUGUGGUGGGUCCUGAGUCGGAAGACCUUGAACAGCGCAUCCACCAGGUCAACAAUGAGGCUUUGGAGAGCACCAGGAGGAUGUUGCACCUGGUGGAUGAGAGCAAAGAUGCCGGAAUUCGAACUUUGGUCAUGCUGGAUGACCAGGGAGAGCAGCUCGACCGGAUUGAGGACGGCUUGGAUCAGAUCAUCCAAGACAUGAAGGAGGCAGAGAAGAACCUCACAGACAUGGCGAAAUGUUGCGGCCUCUUCGUCUGCCCCUGCGCAAAGUUAAAGCACAUAAAAGACUUGGAGGUCACCAAGGCCAGCAACGGCCAGGUGGUCUCUCGACAACCCUGUGUGGUGGCCGAUGGAAACCAGAUGGUCAUGAGUGGGCCCUUCAUCCAGAGGAUAACAAAGGACGACGUGGAAGAAGAGAUGGAACAGAACCUGACGCAGGUAGACAGCAUGCUGAGCAAUCUUCGCAGCAUGGCGGUGGACAUGAGCAACGAAAUCGACGUCCAGAGUAAGCAGGUGGACAGCAUUAAGGAAAAGGCCACCGCCAACGUGAUUAGCAUCAACGCAGCCAACAACCAGACUACCAAGAUGCUGAAAAAUGUCUGAACCGCCCCGCCGACCAGCUUUGAUCCUCCCCAUCCCACCCCUAAAAGAAAACGGCUUCAUCCACCUGAAUUUGGAUUGGUUUAAAAUCAAGGCAAUUCCAAAUCACGUUUCCCAUUUUGAAACUCGUCCACUUCCUGAAUAAGCUUGCAUGUGACUAACUAGAAAAGGAGGCUGGAAAAUGAAGGCGAAAGCACUGGAUUGUAGGGAAAUAGCGCCUUUGUACACACGAGGGACACGAUCCUCCUGGAUCCAUGUGCAGAGUGGUUAUACCUGCUUGCACAAGAGACUGUUUUCUGUACACCACGCAGGGACACUGAGCAAGACCAUUUACUGGAAGGCUAUGGCUGCCGUCCUAUUUGAAAGUAAGUCUUUUUGAUCAAUGUGGGAGUUGCUUCCUGCUAAACUUUAUUCUCUCUCUCUCUCUCUCUCACACACACACACAAGAUCGGGGUGCUCCUGUGCAUCAUUUUUCAUAAGCAAGGAUUGGCACUCACCGGGUAAAAGCAGUGGCUCUCCAUAGGUGGGGUCCAAGUGUCCACCCUGUUUAGUUAGGAGUGUUGCAAGGUUUAGGUGACAUGUUGGAUGGUGACGACAUAAAACAGAAGCGCAAGAUACCCUGAACAGGCUCAGUGGGUGAUCCUGGUGAGAUUCUGGAGAUAGGAUCUCCUUGGUCUUCACACCUAGGACUAGUCCAGGACAAAGCCCACAACACUAAGUACAAUUCAGUAUUUAUUAUGACAACUUCUGUUGGGAGAAGGGUUGUCGCUCAGUGGUAGAGCGUUUGCAAGCGGAAGAUCCCAGGAUCAUUGAUACCACUCGGCGUAAAGCAGCUCCCUGUGACAUCCCUUGAUUCACAGCCAUGAGGACUGGGGUCUUAGCUAAUUUUUAGGGGAAGGGCCACA